AUGUUCUCCAAAUCGGCUGUUGCGGUCGCUACCGUCCUAGGUACCUCCCUUGUUGGAGCUCACCUAGUCAUGGUCGACCCCGUUCCUUACAACUUUGAUUCGUCUGAUAACUCUCCUCUCGAUGCGGAUGGAAGCAAUUUCCCGUGUAAAAUCACGGGCGAUUACACUGUUACCGAGGAGAACUACAUGGUGAAAGGUGAAACCCAGUCCAUGACUUUCCACGGCGGUACUACCCAUGGCGGCGGUUCUUGCCAAAUCAGUAUUACCUCGGACCGUGCGCCUAGCAACUCGACCACUUGGGAUGUCAUUAUGUCAAUUGAAGGUGGAUGUAUGGAUGAGACCGAGAGUGACUCCAACAUCGGAACCAGCGCCACGAUGGUGACCCCAUUUUCACCUAACUUUACCAUCCCGGACAGCUUCGACGCGGGCGAGUAUACUAUCGCCUGGACCUGGUUCAACCGUAUCGGCAGCCGUGAGAUGUACAUGAACUGUGCCCCUAUUACUAUCACCGAGAGCAGUUCCUCGAAGAAGAGAUCGGAGUCUGCCGCAGCCGAAAAGCGCUCCUCGGAUGAGUUCCCUGACUUGUUCAUUGCCAACAUCAACGGUUGCUUGACCGAGGAGAUGUACGACAUUCGUUUCCCCAACCCUGGCGACACCGUCGAGUACCUUGGACCUUCCAGCCAUCUCAUUGCAACUGAUGCCGACGUAUGUUACAGUGGUUCCGCCACCUGGGGAACGGCGGGUUACAGCACCGCUACAGCUUCCAGCUCUACCCAGUCUUCCUCUACAGCUACUACGGCUAUAACUACAGCAGAGGCAUCAGUGAGCACCUCGCUUACGGUGGCAGUCUCUAGCCAAACCACCGAAGCUGUCCAGGCUACCGAAACUGCUCAGACUACCGAAAUCACCCCGACCACCACAACGUCCGUGGCUUCAGAGACUUCUGCGGCCGAUACGUCCAGUGGAUCUAGUUCUGCAUCUAGUUCCAGCUCUGAGGCUCUCACCGGAUCCUGCUCUCAGGAAGGAUACUGGAACUGUAUUAGUGGUACCUCCUUCCAGCGCUGUGCUGGCGGUAUCUGGACACCCUCCCAGCCGAUGCCCGCCGGUACUGAAUGUAACGCCGGCCAGAGCGAGGAGUUGGCUAUUAAUGCGGUUUCUGUCACGUCCCAAACGCUGAGCGAGAAGCAUCUCCGAACUCACAAAAACGGUCGCCGGGGGCACCGUUAA